UUUUCGCCUGUUUAAGUACUUAUGCUAUUUCACAGAGACGGCGCAGCGCACGACAGUUCUGCCAGACGAGAGAAAAAUACGUACUUUUGAAGAGCGCUGGUCAUAUCUGAUCACGCCAAUCCUUGCUCUAGUCCUCCCUAUUUUGUCGUGCUAAACCAAUACCAAAGGACCACUACAGCGAAACAGCACAAAAUGGCGGCCGUCUCGCAAAAAAAUCUCCCGUCGCCGCCCUUCAUUCUUGUAGUGGGGAGGCCGCAGCGAUCCAAGAAAACUUUUGUCAAUUGGUGCUGCAAGGAGGAGGUGCUUCCACCAAACAAUCAGCAAGCAACUCUAAGGCCGACAAAGCUGGAGGUCGCGCAGCAGGUUGGAAGGUUGGAGCGCGAAAUACUCGAUGACAUUCUUGUCGAGCAGCAGAUGACAAGCUCAACAACAAGCGUUGCAUCGUCCGGCGGCGCGUCUACUUCUUCCUCUAGUACUGCACCCGAGCAGGACAGCAAAGUCGCACAACGGGCAGUAGAAUCAAGAGGACCACAUCAGACUAACGAACAUCAAACCAGUUCGAGCUCCUCAUAUCCAAGAAAAAAACUGUGUUAGUGUAACUUUCUUUGGCUGACAGCAUCACAAAUUUGCUCUACAUGACAGAGACAACCUGUCAUGUGGGGUUUGUAAGGGAAAACACACAUGAAAUGAGGACUGCGUCGCUGUCUGGCAUGAGCAUGACAGCUGUAACUCUAUUGCAUGUUCUACAUCACAGAUUUACACUUACACAGUUUUUUUCUAGCAUACCUCAUCUUCUUCAAGCAGCAGAGGACGUACACCUCCAUUCUCGACCACAACCUCGAUGCGGACCCUGCCGAUUAUUGCGAGGAAAAAUGCCCCCACCCCCGAACUUGGGAGCAUUUGCAUUGCAAACCUUUCCAAAUGAAACAUUCGCCCUCUUGCAUCUAUCAGCAUCACAUUCACAGGUUUCGAAUCGUGACUAGCAAAAAUUUGCAUUGCAAAAGACCGCAGCAAAAGCGGCGCUUGUCAUGCAAGCGAUGCGAUACACGCCUAGACUCUGCAUCAGAAAGAUUCAAACUACUCCUUUCAUGCAUGACAAAAACUUUUCAUUUGGAAACUUCGCAUGACAAGAAUUUUUUGCAAUUUCAGGGGUGGGGGGCACUUUUCACUGUAAUACCGAUCGCCGCGUGCCUAGAACCCGCAAAGCCCACGGCCGGGUUGCAGGAAGGACUACGAGACCUCGGCAAUCCGUCGCUUGUGCUUCUCCCCCUCCUCUCCAUCGAGGAGCAGCGCGCUCCGGCUUUGUGGUGUGACGUGUCCAAAGUGAGGAGUCUCACCGGCCCCGACGCGGCGGUUUCGCAGCAGUCGAAAAGCCUGGCGUCGUCGUUACUCGCAGCGGGGGGCGAGUUGCUCUCCGUCGGGCAGGAGGAAGAUCAAGGAGAGGACGAUGGGGAAGAACAUCAUGCUGACGAUACCAACUACAGAAAAGGCAAGCGAAAGCGCGACGUUGUGAAGCAGAAGCUCACGUCUGCCAUGGACACGACCAAGAUGAUGUUGCAGAUGACGGGGGUAAACCAACUGAUGGAAAAGUCCAAUCUUCUCGUGCGGUCCGCCGUUUCCGAUGCGACCUCGACGAUCACCGGCCUCGGGAAUCAGUAUCAAAUACAAAUAUGAUAUCUGGGUCUGGAAGAACAAUGCGAGUUUGUCAUGCUUGUCUGGCUGCUGGCAUGGCUCAUAAAUCUGUGAUGCUUGAGCAGGAAAAGGCCCCCCUCUCGUCUGUCAUACAAGAGCGCAGCUUGACACGCGGGAAGUGAAACACAAAGAGAAACACAAUAGCAGCUCAAAGAUUUGUCAUGCUUGGCUGCGUAUCGCAGUGCGCCCACCAGUCACAUUUUAGCAUUAUAAGAUCCCAGACGCGGACAUCAUAUUUGCAAGUGAUAAUCAGCUCCUAAGUCAGAUGUCGGAGGCGGACCUGCUUGGCGCGUUCGAAUCGCCGGACGAGGCGAGACUCGCUUGGCGAAAUUUAGUGGAGGAGCUUGCAUCCAAAGCCGCGGCGAUUCUGUUUUUCGUUUCCGAGAAGGACCUGGAUAUGCUGAAAGCGACGGAUAUUCUCCAACUCUUGCUGGCGAUGAACAAAAGCGAGGAAUUGGGCGCCGGUGGGGAUGAAGUAGUAGAUCACGACGAGCUGCACGGCGAGAAGAGCAGUACUAAGCUGCGCAUUUACAUCCCCAAAUGGGACCUGAAAUCCGCCACGCAGCGCGAGAUGGAACGCAGCGCAAUCCGGACGGCGGUGUUCGACCAGCUGAAGGGAGGUUCCGGCUCCGCUUCGUCACAAGCGGUCCCAGUCCGGCCGGUGGGUUUCGAGCAAAAUCGCGAAACGUUCAUGUUCGAUGAUUUACCAGCACCGGAAAAUUUGAUCUGGAAGGGGAAGAAGGUAGUAUCACCCGAUGAAUUCACUUCGCUUGCAGCUUCUGCACAAAGCGCUGGGUUGCAGAUUGGCGGGGCUAUUUCUGCUGGUGCCGGUUCUUCGAGCAAGCUGCAAAAGCACUCCUUCGCACUCUGCCGGGAUGUGGUCCGGGAAGCGGUGGGUCGUGCGCAACUUUCGGCGACGCAGACUCGCUCGGCGCCCAGCACGGCCGCAGCGAAGGGUUCAUCAAAGUCGCAAUUUGCCUUGCAACCGAACCGCCAAAGAGUUCAGGACUUCGAGACCUGGCUCGAGACUGAGGCGAAAAGGCGCGACGCUGCAAAGAAAAAGGAAGCGGAAGAGAGCAGACGGAGCAGAGGUGAGCAGGCGGGUAGAGGUAAUACGGACGACACAGCGACGAACAAAGGCGCAAGAAACGCGGGCGCCGGCGGGCCAGGAGGUGGUGGCGAUGGUGGACGUGUGGCGCGGGGGAGAAGUUCUUGUUGCUCUUGUUGGGCCUGUUGCAAGUUCUGCUGGAGACACGGAAAAUUUGUCUCGAUCGCCUUUUUCGUUUUGAUACUGGCACUGGUGGUGCGCAGAAAUCUGGGUUGGCUGUUAAGGUGAAGCAGGUCAUGAAAUAACGUACAACUUUCACUUGCUACAACUUCUAAAAGACUGUACUAAACACGACUGCGCAAUAAAAAACUACAACGUCGCGACAAUCCGAAAGUUACCUUUUGAUUGUGAUUCCAAGAACAUCUUCGCAAAC